AUGAACGCCCCCAAGCUCCCCACGUUGCGCUUAACCGCCGAAGGCGAGUGUGUCAUUCAAGAAAGCAUUAGUUUGGAUCUACCACCAAGCAACAAGUUCAGCGUAUCGUAUAUUCCCUCCGACGGCCGCCCAAAGCCGUCGAUAGCCCGUACUCCACCUCAGCAGGAAGGGGAAGCGCUCAAUUCGUCCGACGGCGAACGACUUACCUCUGACGCAGAUUCCGGUGAUGACGCAGACGCCUCCUUACAGCAAGCAGCUCCCAGAGCCCUGCCGUCGGAUCCUCCAAUUUCGCUCAUAAGUUCGAUCCCAGAGAAACCAAGAACACAUAUGUCCAGAAUUCACUCCAUGCCACUUCCAUCCCAAUUGCAGAAUCCGCAUAGACCUGGGACGGCGACGUUCCAUUCGUCACCUCAUGUUCUAUUCACCCACUCGUCGCAGGUUCGCGAGGUUUCCGUUGAGCUGGCGGAUUCGAUUCAAAUGGUCAUUCAGACCAUGCUGCAGAUAUCGCCUCCUCAGGUGCUCGACCCCGCGAAGGAACAGUUUUCAGCCUGCACGCUCUCUGUUCCUACCUCAUCCAUGUCUGCCAUGUUCACCACCAUGAAGAAUAUCAACUACAUUUCUGCGAAUAUGUCGUCAUUCUGCGAGCAAAAUACAACCCAUGCUCACGACGAUUCUGCAGCCUCCGACACCUCAGUCAAGAAGGCUCCUCAUAACGAGUUUGAUGUGGGAGAGCUGUUGCAGUGCGUAGGGGACGCCCUGAGUGGGGCUGCGGCGCAGGCUGGCGUGGACUUGGUUCUAUAUCAUGGAGAUGUCGGACUAAAGCAUGCCUACGUCUCUGGAGACGAGAGCGGCAUCUCAUUUGCCCUAUCCCAUAUUGUUCGCCAAGUACUAAACACUGCGGAACGCGGCGAUUCCAUCGAGCUUGGUUUGCUCGUCCACCCAAUGUCAGUGGCGAAGAUACCACAAGAUGAAACAGCAGGCACAGAGUCGCCCCCAGUCGAUGAUAUGCUUAACUCUUCUUCUCCUCUGGAGUUCGAUGGUCCUGUGAAAAUCACCAUCUGUAUAUCGCACAAAUAUGCUCCAUCAGACAUACAGUCACCUGGGGACCACCCAAGGGAUUCGACCAAUGAAACUCGCGCGAAGCCGACUUUUUCAACUCUUCUCCUACGACGAAUCCUUCUCCAGAUUAAUGGAAAUCUCGUCCCAGAUCUGCCGCCCCCGGCAGUCUUCGCGAGUGGUCGUACCUGUCACCUUGAAAUGGUCCUGGACCGUGUACCUCUCCCACCACCGGGCCUUCAGGACGAGGAAACUAACAAGCAGCCAACCCUCGAGCAGCUUUCUUCGUUUGGAGAUUCUCUCAAGGGUAAAAAAGUGACCUUAUACGCCAGCGCAAAGGGAUCGUUUGCCCAUCAUCUCACGAGCUAUCUAACCACCUGGGGAAUGGAUGUCACCCACGUGUCUCCAGACGGUCAAGUGGAUGGCCUCCCUGAACAGAGUUCACUCCGGCAGGGAGAUAAUCGACCGCCGUCAUUUAGUCCGCUACUAACGACAUACCCAGAAGGCAGCACCUCUGCCAAUGCAUCCGCUAAACCUGACGUAAAACAAUCAGUCUGCGAACCUCCUUCCUUCGUUAUCAUUGACGAUGAUGUUGAUUUAUUGAAAGAGCGGUUGCAGGUCUUUAGAUCUGAAUAUCAGCCCCAACCGUCACCGAUGCUGGGGAGAAAGCGACCUUCGUUAUCCUCAAAUCACCGCCCUCGAUCUUCUCCGCAGAUAGCUCGCCUGCUGAAUUUCAGCAUUGCAACCAGGUGCUUGACUCAAGUUGUACUUCUGCACUUUACAAGUCUCGCAAAUUAUAAGCGUGUCAAGGAUGUGAUGCAAUCCAUCACUAUUGCAUACGCCAACACAGCAACGCCAUUGCCCGAAAUCUUGAUCAUCCCAAAGCCAGCUGGCCCACGGCGCUUUUUAACUUCCCUGCACACCGCAAUCACGAAGCCUACAAUAGACCCCUUUUUCAUACCUAUCGCAACCUCCCCAAUGAGCCCCGGAAUGGCCCAAAUGGCCGGAUCUUUCUUCACCUCACCCAUCAGCGAAACCGGCAACCACCCCAACAAUGUUGGCAAUUUCAAUACUGGCUGUUCUCAAAACCCGUCGCCUUCUCUCAAGAAUGCCAAUCGACCCCAUGGAUCUCGCACGAACUCGGAUCGGUCGACACGAUCGGUCGAUGGUGGCACUAGCUUGCCUUCUGCAGUACCUCCUUCUCCACUCGCCUUUCCGGACAAUGUGGAGUAUUUCUCCUCAGCUGCACAAAAAUUAGGCAGCUCGCCGUCUUCUGGACUUGUCAUUCAAAGCCCAGACGGGCAGACUGCUGGGAUAUACUUCCAUCCGAAAAGCAAGAACCCGUCGAGGAAUCCUUCAAGUCACUCGAUGGAGAGAGAUCGGGGGCAACUCACCGUUCCGUCUCCACGAAGGGGCUCGACACCACGGGUACCGUCGGGCGGGAAGGUGGAUCUUGUCGCAUUUUCUUCUUUACAUGAUGGACCCAAGGGCAAGGCGGGUGUAGAAGCUAAAAAUUCACCAUCGUCUGGUCCUAUAUCUCCCGCCCAAAAAACGUCCGUUGGCAGCCCCAAAGAUGAUCAAAUUCAACCAGCAUCGUCCCCGUCCAACAUUCCGUCCCCUGUACCUCGCAGGGCUAGUGAUGACGCACGCAAACUCGCCUCUUCAUCUCCUGGGCAGGGCACGCCUACGCCAAAUCGACGUCGGCUCAGCAAGAGACAGAGCAAUGAGACUGCACCACUCAUGUUGCAGGAUCCGAAGAGAAAAAUCUCUGCCCCAUCGGAUGCCAAUGUCGUGCCACCUAUCAGCGUCCUCAUUGUCGAUGAUAACCCCAUUAAUCAGACUAUCCUUUCGACAUUUAUGAAGCGAAAACGUAUUAAGUAUGAUUUGGCAAGUAACGGUCGGGAAGCCGUGCAAAAAUGGCGGACAGGAGGCUUUCACCUGAUUUUGAUGGAUAUCCAGAUGCCUAUAAUGGAUGGUAUUCAAGCCACGAAAGAGAUUCGGCGACUCGAGAAAUCUAACGCAGCGGACGGUUAUCCAUCUAUGUCAGAGGAAGGAAGUACACCGUCAGAGCGGUCUGCUUCAAGCUCCUCUCUCAGCACCUCAGAAUCACGUUCUCUCAACUCGCCAUACCGUUCUUCUGUCAUCAUUGUGGCUUUGACGGCGUCGUCACUGCAAAGCGACCGUGUAGCGGCGCUCGCUGCAGGAUGCAAUGACUUCUUAACAAAACCGGUGUCUUUGUUGUGGCUCAAUAACAAGAUCAUCGAGUGGGGCUCAAUUAAAGCUCUACAGAUGUGGGCCGAUAUCAGGCCAGAGGCUGUCAGAUCGCUCGCUAGCGGGCAAGCAGCACAAGCACGGAGUGUGGCCGAAAGGCUGCAUGUACCGAAACGGCUAAGCCCAUCGCCCACACGUCGUUCGACGAGUGCGAUGGAAGACAACGCAGCCGCACUUGCGCUGGCCUCUUCAGCAGGCUCGAUUCCGCCUCUACCUUCUCCUACCUCGGCUAUUUUCAAAGCUACAGACCGGUCGCAGGGAACAUCACUUGAGACAUCGAGCGCAGCUGGUCCCUCGUCGAAUGCGAAGAUGGUGGGUACUGCGCUGGACACAAAAGUGUCGCAAACGCCCGCUGAAUCUCCUGAUGGUUUGUCAAUCCCCCCUCAUCUUUGGCUCUCGCUCGCUAAUGAUAUAUACUCUUCUGCAGAUGAUACGCCUCAAGUCAGGACACCACUGGCGAAUCAUUAUACACGGGUGGAUAGCACUGGCACUUCCUCGAUCAAGUCACGGACUAUGACACCUGUCCAGCGACGAAGUAUAGAACAGCCUGCCAUAUCUCUGCCCAUGUCGCUUCCAUUACCCUCGUCUCCCAACCCUGAUUCCGUUGACACACGCGAAAACGGAUGCUUGUCCUCUGCGGACUCCUACACCUAUUCGGACUUCCGUCUAUCCCUCCCCAUGACGAUUAUGGGCAACUCUGGGGAUAGUUGGGCUUCUGCUCGGAGCCCUUGGGCCUUCGUUCCCCCGAGUUGCUGCGAUAUUUGGGAUCGUGUUUAUGGUUUACCUUUACUUAUCCGCUCCCCCAUCACUUUCAUUCCGUGA